AUGAGCUUCACCAAUUCGUCAUCCAACUUUUGGCUCGAGGACAACCACAUCCUCCAUGCGUCGUGCGUGGACAAUGACGGCAACUCGCACGACUCGCAGCUCGACCUGGAUCACUACAUCGGCAACAGCGACGGCUGGUUCGCCUGGGAUGGAGUCAACUUUUCCAAGACGGCAUCCAAUGUUCAGCUGCAAGGGAGCCAGUUGACAGCGGAGCUGGCUACCCUGAGCGGCGAGCCUCGCGAGCGACAGGUCAUCAACUUGGAUGAGCGGAUCGGCAACAACAACGGGCAGCUGGCUUACUCCUAA